AUGCUCACAAGCGGCGCGAGCCAUACUAUCUCCUCGGAGCUCAUGCUCGAGCUCCUCUCCGUCGUCGCGCCGCUCUGGCUCGCCGUCGUAGUCGGCCUUAUCCUCGGGUGGUCAUGGCGGCCGCGGUGGGUCAACUCCCUCGCGUCGGACCCGCGUUCCUCCGCCUUCUUGUCGCUCCUCACCGGCGGGCCGUUCAAGGAGGCGUGGUCUGCGGGGUGGUCUUGGGGCCAGGCUGUAUUGGACUCGUGCGGUCACGUGCAGGUUCCGGGAUUCCCGGCAGCGGGAGUUUCGGAGGGAGUUAAGGGAGCUAAGGAGCCGGGGUUUCAGGCGGUAGGGGUGCUUUUUGGGAGAGAUUGGAGCUCUCUGGGCGAGAAGGUGCUGCCUUGGCGGGCGGCUGAGAGGGUUGGUGGCUCUGGGAAAUCAAAAUUAGUUGCUUUGGGGAGCGAUGGUGCUGAAGCUAGGAGGCCGGAAGGUGCGGAGGAGGUUGGCGAACGUCGUAACGGUAACCGUGUAGUUGGUCCCGCGAGCGGCGCUGCGGAUAGCAGACGGGAGCGUCAAGUGAACGGCGAGGCUGUCAGCAAGGAAGCUGUGACUGACGAGCCGUCUGUGCAGUCGCGGUGCAAGGGCUCGCGCCCGUCGUCGCUGCAAACAGGAAACCUUCAGCUGCUAGAGGUCGGCCGAAACGUGCAUGGGCACACCAACGGGCAUGCGUAUGAGAACGGGCAGAAGCACGGGCACGGCGCUGAGCACAGCGUAUCGGAAGAGGAUAUGGAGUUAGUUCUUACCGAGGAUGACUUGGAGGAGUUUUGCGCCAAGGUGGAAGGGAAGGACGGCGGGCCGGAGUGGCAGCCGAUGAUGGAGAAGACCGCCAAGGGCAUGCAGUACACGGGCUGGCGACGGGACCCCGAGCAAGGCCCCACGGAGUACCGCAGUCGCACAGUGAUGGAGCGGUGCUCGUCGGCGCUCAUGCGCGACUUCUUUUGGGACGACGAGUUCCGUGCGGCGUGGGACGACAUGCUCGUGCAGGCGCGCACCAUCACCGCCUGCGAGCGCACGGGCUUCCAAAUCGUGCACUGGGUCCGCAAGGACCGGGAGUACGUGAUAGCGCGGCGCAUCUGGUCGCACGACGACACAUUCUACUGCAUCACCAAGGGCGUGCACCACCCCGAGGUCCCCAAGCGCGACAAGCCUCCAUCCAAGCCCCACCUUGUCCCCUGCAUUCCUUCUUGCCACUCCCUCACUCCCCCCGCAUUCCCUUCCCCUGUUCCCCACCCCCCACCCUCCCUGCUUUCCGUGCUCCUGCCCAUGCCUGUCCCAUCCCCCGUACUGCAGUUUCCGUUUUUCUGCAAGGACCGCGAGUACGUGAUUGCGCGGCGCAUCUGGUCGCACGACGACACGUUCUACUGCAUCACCAAGGGCGUGCACCACCCCGAGGUCCCCAAGCGCGACAAACCCCGGCGCGUCGAAGUCUUCUACUCCAGCUGGCGCAUCCGACCCGUGAUCGGCGCCGAGGGCAGCAACGCAGCGGAGGUGAUGCUGUUUCACCACGAGGAGAUGGGGCUGCAGAGGGAUAUAGCGAAGCUGGGCGUGCGGCAGGGCAUGUGGAGCGCUGUGAGGAAAAUGGAGCCGGCGAUUCGGAAGUAUGAGAAGCAGCGCGCGGAGGCGGCACGGCCGUUCAGCCGGUGUGUUUCGAUGGCAAAUUUGCAUACGCCGAUUGUGCCGUCGCCCGGGAGUAGCCAGGACGGGGAGGAGGAUGGGGAGGAGGGUGCGGGAGGGGUUGGGGAGGGGAGUGGUGGGGUGGGGAGGAAGGGAGGGUUGAAGAAGAAGGGCGGGAUGGGGAUGAGGAAAUGGGUGAGCUUUUCGGAUUUGGCGAUGGCUGGGGAGGCGAGGAGAAGGGGAGGGGCGGAGGAGGAUGAGGAGAGGGAGAAGGGAAGGAGGGUUGUGGAUGAAGCCGCAGAGGGGGAGGAGCAAGGUAGCAGUGGCAGGGCAGGCAGCAGCCAAGUCGUGGUUGCAAGUGGUUCAGCCAAUGCUGGUGCCCGGUCUCCAGGUGAAGGCUCAACCGUUGGAUCUGGAGACGGCAGAGGAAGGCGACGGUCCGGAUCUGCCCAGCAGGAAAGGAGUGAUUCUUGUGAUCGGGGGAGCGAGGUGACAGUGAGGAAUGGGCCGAUUGUGGGGGGUGAUGCGCAGGGAGAGGAGAGGAGAGGGAAGAAGGCAGGAGCAGUGAGGGUGGGAUGGGUAGUGGCGACUACUGCUUUGGCUUUCAUCUGUGGGGUGGAGGCGGGUGUGCUGAUGAAGCUGGUGGUUGCAGGGGCGGUGCAAAAUGUGGCUUCAAGACGCGCUGCUGCUGCGGGGAGGAAGGAAAGAUUGCAGAAUUAG